AUUUCUUUUCACUUCAAUUUAAUAUAUCUUUGUUUUACUUUGUUGGUCUUCAAAAAUGAGCUUCUUAUCAAUCCCACACAUUUCUCAAAAUAAUAAUAAUUAUCAAAUGAAUAACAUCGAUAAUAAUUUUAGUUCCAUCAAUUCCUUGAAAACUAUUUCUCCUCAAAACUCCUAUGAUAAAAAUAAUAAUAAAAAAUUUGUUCUACCUCCUUUAUCAACAAUUUUGAUUCAGCCAAAUAAAGGUAAAACUGAUUUAUUUUCCAAUAAGAUAACACAUAACAAUCAUGAAUCACAUAUAAAGAUAACAGAUAAUAACAAUACUAAUAAUAUCAAUAACACUGAUAAGAUUAAUGAAUAUAGUAACAAUAAUAACCAUAAUAAUAAUCAUAAUCAUAACAACAAUAAUAAUAACCAUAACAAUAACAACAAUUUUGCCAAUGAUUAUAAUAAUGAAUUAUAUGAUGGUUAUAAUGUUAAUCAUCGUCAACCAAAUUACUUCCACUCAAAUUUACCCAGUUUUUCUUCAACUUUUAAUUUAGUCUCACCACAUGCAACAUCAUCUAAUGAAAGAUCAAGCUCAAUUUCUUAUGGAAAAGAUUUACAACCAUUCACUCCAGUUUCUUCAUCGUUUCCAUCAGUUUACAGAGACACCUUUUAUGAAUCGGAUAAUUCAACAUCGUUGCAACAAAACCAUAGAUACUCAAUUGACUUUCAAAACAAUAUUCCAAGAAAUGAAAGUUUUAAUAAUAUCGUCUCUGGAAAUAAACCUUCAAAUACAACUGUUUUUGAGGCAAAAAAACCUACAAAGAAAAGCAAUACCUUGAAAAAUAAUGAUUUGAAUAAAAAAAAACAGAAAAAAAAGGAACCAAUGACUUAUGCCUUUAUCUCACAUAGUAUUGAUACAUAUCCUUCAAAAGAACCUGAAAUAGAUAAUGCUCAAUUGGCUAGAACUAAACGUAGAAGAACAACUCUAAAUGAAUUAAAUAUAUUACAACAGGAGUUUGAGGUUGGAAAAACCCCAAACAAAUUAAGAAGAAUCCAAAUCGCCGAAAAAGUUGGAAUGACUGAAAAAACAGUUCAGAUUUGGUUUCAAAAUAAGAGACAAAACUUGAAAAAGGCAAAACUUAGAUUGAAAAUUAAAAAACCAAAUCAACAUAAAAAGCCUAAUAAUUUAUUGAAUAAAGCUGAAUCAAUUGAAAAAAAUCCUGAAAUUAAUUCUAUAAAUCACAAAAUUUCAAAUUUAAGGUCUUCUUCUCCGUUAAAGGAAUUGGACAGAAACAAAAUCAAUUUAAGUUAUAUAGGGGUUGAAACUCCAACUGAAAAAGAACCAAAAGACAAUUAUAAUGGGGUUUCCUAUGACUCUAACAGCUCGAUUGCAAACACACUAUAUGAUCCAAUUUUAUUUUCGAAUUCAAAUAACAACAAUAGUUUAUAUGGUGGACAAGCAAAAGCAAAAGCAAAAAGCAUUGAGAUAUAUCAAGAUUCACAAAAUAAUUUAUCUCCUACUAAUUUAACUUUUCGUUUGAAAGAACUAGAUAUUGAUUCAUAUGAACAUUUAGAGAUGGAGGUGACAAAAAAUGGUGAUAAUCAGUAG